AUGGUUGAAAUUCACAUUGCUGUGCUUCUUCCCAAAGCCCAACUGAGACUGCCUCGGGCGGAUGGAACAGAAGACUGUACUAUCCGCGAUCGUCCUCUUGCAAAUAAAGAAGAGGAUCCGCUGGAAAAAGAAGAGGACUCUGACUUUGAUUUUUGGGUGAUGGGUGAAAAGAGUAUGGGGGGAGUCGAGAGGACGAGAGGAAGAGAAGGAAGGGCGAAGAGAAGAGUUGUAUUUUACGUUGCGCUUCCUGGACAGACAAAAGGCGACGGCAGGAAGCCUGCUGAGGGUCAAAUUUGGAUCAAGCAGAUUCUGACAGACAUGCACCAAAACCCCCGGUCCUCGGAGACGUUUGACAUCAUCCAACUCGCCUUCACGCCAUGGACCGGCUGUUACUGA